AGAAACCAGCCCCAAUCACAAUCAUGUCUGUUCUUAAUCCAGUGGGGGGUGUGAGGAACCAUUUAGAGAUGGAGCCCUUGUCAGGGGUUAGUAGAGAAAUAGAACUUCUGGGAGUCCAGCCAUUGGGAUUUAAAGUAAGGUAAAUAUAGAUUUUGUGAGUCUCUCUCUCUCUGCCUUUGGUAGGAUGGCUGUCCCAUGAGGUCAAAACCAGGUCUUUCUCCUUUUCCCACUGUACCAAUGCCUAAUCUUAUGGGGUUUGUUCUGAGCCCAACACUAUGGCAUCAUCGACCUCCCUCCCAGCUCCUCGCUCCCGGUCUAGGAAGCCUCUGAGCAAGAUGACUGACUGGCUAAGGCAGGCCCUGUCCAGGAAGCCCGAGAGGACGUCGGAAUCUGCUGAAAGCUCGCCCGGUGCCACAUCGCGGCCUGCCUCGCAGGAUGGGCUCCCUGCCAAGGGGAUCAGCUCAGUCGGGUCUCCCGGCACGCCGCUGACCCCUGGCUACGGGAGCAACGGCCGCUGGGGCAAGGACUACGACGUGUGCGUGUGCCACAGCGAGGAGGACCUGGGGGCCGCCCAGGCGCUGGUAUCCCACCUGGAGGGCAGCGCUGCCAGCCUGCGUUGUUUCCUGCAGCUCCGGGACGCGGCACCCGGCGGCGCCAUCGCGUCGGAGCUGUGCCAGGCGCUGAGCCGGAGCCACUGCCGCGUGCUGCUUAUCACCCCGGGCUUCCUGCGGGACCCCUGGUGCAGGUACCAGAUGCUGCAGGCCCUGGCUGAGGCCCCAGGGGCGGAGGGCCGCACCAUCCCCCUGCUGUCCGGCCUGGCCAGAGCUGACUACCCUCCGGAGCUCCGAUUCAUGUACUACGUGGACGGCAGGGGCCCCGACGGUGGCUUUCACCAAGUCCAGGAAGCUGUCCUGCGGUAUCUGAAGACACUCCCUUGACAUUAAUUAUAUCAUCAUGACCCCAGAAAGUUGGAGUAAAGCUUCAAAGAGCACAUGCAGGGCCUUGGGUUCUAGCUAAUGUGCCAGGUAUAAGGAGCCAGAGUCUGCAGCACUUUGCCGGUGAUCCUGGGAUCAAUUGCCCAUCAGGCUCCUAUUACUGUGAACUCCCCAGCAAGGCCAGGGGGAGGUCAGGGACUCCCCCAGAAGGCCAUAAAGAAAUUGGGAACUCCCCAGGAAGAUCAUGAAGAAGCUGGGGACUCCCCAGGAAAGCUAAGAGGAAGCUAGAGUGGGAGGUAGUGUUGAUACUGGGAUGGUCAGCUGUGCUUUGCCUCCUGCCUAAUAGGGUAGGAAGACUGGAAGACUCUUACAUUUUCCUCUGUAAAUGGGCACUGGUAUAGACAGGUGUCUCUUAGACCUAGGUGCUCACUUGACUGAUGAACAAGCAGCUUAGACCACAGGCCUCAACAUGGAUGGUUUUCCUGGUUGCCUGGGGAAGCCCCUGAACAGGUAUCAGGAGAAAGUGACAGGUAUCAUGUCCUUCACACACUACGCUGUGCCCUUUCCCAGAGGCACCCAUCUGCUCCAAAAGGCUGUAUGAAAGAUGCAUUCAGCACAGCAUGGCAUUUCAUUUAUUGAACAUUAAAGACACACCUAGAAGCCAUUCUGAAUAUAUAAGGAUGGUUAGGGACCAGGUAGGAACCCUAAUGCCUGGGACCCAAAGCCCAGAUGCUGUGACAUCUGGGGGCAUCAUCAGGGUCUGGCCAGAGCAGUAUGUACCUUCAGACAACGGGAAUCAGCAUCUUUCUCUGGCAGAUGACUGUUCCCCAUAGGACAGGCAGGGUCUCAUUCAUCUGUGCUCAAUAAGUUUGCUGGUGAACUGAAAUCAAUUUCAUUAUUUACCCCCAAUGUGUACUUUGUGCCUCUUCUCAGUUCCCCCAUCAUAUCCUCUUUCACUGAAAAAAAUCUUUCUAAAUUAUGAAUUAUUUUAUAGACAAAAGGACUAAAGAAUACAUGUAAUAUAAGGCACACUCAGGUGCCUGCCCCCUAGCUUAAUAAGCAAAACCUUAUCCCUGUGGUACUCCCUGAACUGCAGUCCCCUCACUUCCCCCCCAGACUUAAGUACUCUUCUGAAUUUUGGACUUACCUGCUCUUAGCUUUUCUCUAUAUAAAUUUACUAUGAAUGUGUGUGUCCCUACCAGCACCUUGUUCAGCGGUGCCUGGCGUUAUACUUUACACAAAGGGCUCUGUAACACUGCUCUGCAGACUCCUUUCUUUGUUCACCAGGUCUGUGAGAUUUGUCCAGGCUGAUGCCUGACACUCCACUUAAUUUAUUUUCUUACUAUUAUGUAAAUAUGCCAUUACUUAGCCACAUAUUCUUCUAGAAAUAGUUAUUUCUAGGUUUUUGCUAUUAAAAACAAUGUGCCUAUGAACAUUUUUGUACUUUUCCGUGAGCAAGAUUUUCUAAGAUUUAGCUUAGAGGGAGAAUAGCCGAGUAGUAAACAAUCUACAUCUUCAGUUUCACUAGAAAAUGCCAAAGUUUCCUCCAAAUUGGUUAUGCCAAUUUAUGUUCCUACCAUUUGUUUUUGAGAGUUUCCACUUUU